GGGCAUAUCCAAGUACCCAACCAACAAGUACAUGUCAUGUGAACCGCACAAACAAAACUUCCAAUACCAUCGGAACAUUCCAACUCUUACUAGAACAUUCCAAUUCCUUUUCUUCAAAUUAGGGUUUAUCUAGGGUUUAAUUUUUUAUCCCCAAUUCACCUUCAAACAAAAUCUUCCAAAUUUCUUCUUCAAUUCAAUUCCCCAAAUGGUUCGCUCCACUGGGAUUACCCUUUUUACCCACCUCGCUCGUCGAUCUCUCUUUCACGCCAAUGAUUCCGUAUAUCAAGUAGUGUUCCAAAGGGGUUAUAGGGCACUGAAUUCAGGAUCACGUGAUUCAUCUAGAGUUAUUGAUGGUUAUGCAUCAAAUGUUAGAGAUGGUGUUAAUAAGAAGAACUGGUUGCUAUUUGGAGCGGCUAAUUCAUAUUUCGGGGCUUCUAGAUCAAUUCAUGGCUCGGCAUCAUUGGCAAGGGACUAUUAUGAUGUUCUUGGUGUGAGUAGGGAUGCAAGCUCUUCCGAAUUAAAGAAAGCUUACCAUGGGCUUGCAAAGAAGCUCCAUCCGGAUGCAAAUAAAGAUGAUCCUGAUGCUCAAAAGAAGUUUCAAGAAGUUACAACGGCAUAUGAGGUUUUGAAGGAUGGGGAAAAACGUCAACAAUAUGAUCAGGUUGGACAUGAUGCCUAUGUAAACAACCAAACCAAUGGUUUCCCAGGCGAUAAUGGCUUUAAUCCUUUCGAGCAGGCCUUCAAUGGUCAUGAUAUUUUCAACAGCUUUUUCCAUCAAAAUGUUGGCGGACAGGAUGUCAAGACUUUCAUUGAACUAUCUUUUAUGGAAGCUAUCCAAGGGUGCACCAAAACUUUGUCAUUUCAAACAGACGUGCUUUGUAAUACUUGUGGUGGGAGUGGUGUUCCACCUGGUACAAGACCUGAAACUUGUAAGCGAUGUAAAGGGUCAGGAAUGAUGCAUGUACAAACGGGAAUAUUCAGAAUGCAAAGUACGUGUUUUACGUGCAAGGGAACUGGAAAAAUUGUAUCGAGUUUUUGCCAAUCUUGCAAGGGUGCGAAAGUUGUCAAAGGAACAAAGUCAAUCAAGUUGAAGACUAUUCCUGGGAUGGACAACAAUGACACCCUAAAGGUGUCUGGAGGUGGUGGAGCAGAUCCUGAUGGACAUCAUUCCGGUGAUCUAUUUGUUACUAUCAAGGUUAGAGAAGAUCCUGUUUUUCGCAGAGAAGGAUUAGAUAUUCACGUGGAUGCUGUUUUAAGUAUCACCCAGGCUAUUUUGGGGGCAACCAUUGAGGUCCCAUCUUUUACCGGACGUGUAAUGCUUAAGGUUCACCCAGGUACCCAACCUGGUCAGAAGGUGGUUAUGAAAAGGAAAGGUAUAAGGAAAGGAACAAAUAGUUUCAAAUAUGGGGACCAAUAUGUUCAUUUUACUGUCAGCAUUCCAACAAACCUGACAGAAAGACAGCGUCAAUUGAUCGAAGAGUUUGCCAAGGAAGGGCAAGAGGAAACUGAUAAACGGAAGACUGCUUCGGCGUCUAGUUAAAAACAUUGCAGAGCCUCCACUUUUCAUUAUUUAUUUAGUACUCGCCAAAUCGUGCUCAACUAGGAGGAAAGGGAACCCACUUGCUGAUGGAAUUUUGUAGGUGCAUUCAUUUAGUGUUCACUGUGGUUUUUGUCCCUUCCAUUUAGAGAGUGUGUAUUUUUUUGGUCAUAAAUGAUGUGAACAAUUCAAAUUACAUAAGUUAGAACUUAGAAAGCAAUAUUCUCAUAUGCUUGUGCAUCUGUUGAAUUCUAGUUAAUGUUGUACAUAUUUUUUCUUUAACACAAGUUGUGCAAGUCACAAAUUAUUACUAAUUCUUUUUGUACUUUCAUGGCAGCCUUAUCUGUCAAGAUUGAGGAUUCCUAUAAAUAAAUUGACAAACAUAUA